CGACCGUAGUGGCAGACUGUAGUCUGCGGAGUGCACUGCCUGCUAUGCUGCUAACUCUACACAGAAGCAAACAGGUUAGCGGAUAGCUUCGUAGCUUCGCGUAUCAUCCAUUUUGUUUAGCUUAGCUUAGCUCGUAAAGCUAACGCUGGCUCGCAGACUUUACCGUGGUUCAGAGAUGGAUGACAGUGACGAGCCGGGGCUAGUCCUCUCACACAACACCUCUUCAGGCUCAAAGUCAGGCGGAGACAAGAUGUUUUCACUAAAAAAGUGGAAUGCUGUAGCCAUGUGGAGUUGGGACGUUGAAUGUGAUACUUGUGCCAUUUGUCGAGUUCAAGUAAUGGACGCUUGCCUCCGAUGCCAGGCUGAAAAUAAACAAGAGGACUGUGUUGUGGUUUGGGGAGAAUGCAACCACUCUUUUCACAACUGCUGCAUGUCUCUUUGGGUGAAGCAGAACAAUCGCUGCCCGCUAUGCCAGCAGGACUGGGUUGUUCAGAGAAUUGGAAAAUAAGAUGCUGCUCCAGCUGGUCAUCUGCCAUUUGUUCCAGAUCUGAACAACCUCAAAGACUGUCAUGAUACUGAAGACUGCAUUAACAUCAGCGGGAUCACUGACACUACCAACUCUGCACAUUAUGUCCAAUUGCAUGUUCCAGGAUUUCCAGUGGAAAAUGGACAACAAAUAACAAUCUGAGCACCACAGACUGUAAACAAGAUGAAUUUACUGGAAAUUAUGUUUUUUUGCAUAAGGUCAAAUAAUUGCAACAGUGUUUGUGUUCACAAUGCUUUACAGGUUCCUUUGCGUUUUCUGUUAGUGAAUGUGUGUUAAAAUAAAAGUGUACAAUGUGUAUUUAA